UUCAGUUACGGCUGCCGUGUACCGAGCCCCGAUCAUGGCCGGCCGACGGCUAUGCGGCGGGAGCGACGGCGACAGCGUCGGCCCAAGCCCCUCCGAUGGCUCGAUUGAGGGCAUGGCUCGCAACAGACGCGUGAUUCUAGGGCUGAUGUACGGGUACUACGAGGAGGCGCUCAACGCGCUGCCGCUGGGGCGCAUGCCGGCGCUUGCCCGGCGCCUCCUUCACGCCGGCGUCUGCUUCGGCCUCGCCGACCCCGUCACCAACAUCAUCGCCAACACCCUACGCUUCGUCCCCGACGAUGAAAGCGGCGAUCCCGCGACCCGGCCCGAGUCCGACGGCGCCAGGAAGCGGAAGCGGAAGCGUGGGGCAAGAGGAGCGAGGGGGCAGGUCCUCUCCAAGAUCGUCGCCGGCGACGGCCCCUACCCCCCGGAGGCCCCGACCAUCGCGGAGCGCUCGCUGGAAGGCCUCACCACGUUCCUCACAUCGUACUACCGCUAUCUCCCCACCUGGGAUGGGCUGCGCUACCUCUGCCUGGCCCGGGCCGAUCUCCUCGCCGCCGUCCGCCUCAUCGAGGCAGACCGCUGCCACCGUCGUAGGGACGGGUUCCACAUCCGCUCACACGCCGUCCACGCUGCUCUUAGAUGCGCCGCGCUGUCGGCGAGGCUGCCCAAUGUCGAUGCUUUCCUCACUGCCUCGGCUGUGCUAGCGUCUCCCCUCACCCUCAUCCACACUGGGAAUGCGCCUCGCCACCGCCGCCUCUCAAUCCAAGACGUGACCAGAUUAUCCGGGUUGCUGGAGGAGCCACCCAAUCUGAACAGUUCGAGCAAUCCUAUGGAUGCUGCUGCUACGAGGUGCCAUCACUACGACAUGAAGAAGAAGGCUGCACCCACGCUGAGACCAUCGCUCUGGGGACUUCUUCUUGACAGGAUCCACGCUGCGUACCUCAAGGCGAUUUCUCGGAUGCCCAUGAGAGAUUUCCGCAGCUGUUACCACCAUGGCCUCCUCAGAGCUGGCUACUGUUAUGGCCCAUUCGAUCCCAUCUCCAACAUCAUCGUCAACACUAUAUGGUAUGACACCGCGUUCCCUGCACCAGAAGCGUACGAGCUCGAUAUGAUCUGCACUCCGGUUCUCGUACGCAUCGAGUCCCGGUCGUUGGUUGGCCUCAUCAGCUUGAUGCUUGUGUGUGUCUCUGGCCUAUCUGAACAUGAAGCCAUGGUUUAUUUGCUCAAGAGUGAUCUGGAGCUUCCUCGAGCAAUUCAGAUGGCAGGACAUAAUGGAUGUGACACAUCUAGCUGGGAUGCAACCGCUUAUAAGGCUGCAGCAGAUGCAUCAUAUCAUCCUGAAGUUGAGGCUUAUGUGCAGUUUGCCAUGGAAUCGCUGCCUAUGGUGCGGUCUGCUGUCACGGAGCUGUUGAGCACACGCACUCUCUCUUCCAGCAAGAUUCGUAACCUCUGCAAGUUGUUAUCAUCUUCAAUGAAUUACCCUUACAAAUCGUUGGAGCCAGCUGAUGAGCUAACAGAGGAUGCCUUGAAAAUGGCCUCAAGCUACAAAGAGAACUACUUCUCUGAACAGAACUUUGUUCGCAAAAAGGUGGAAGCUACACUGCAGAGCUAUGAGCAAGCUAAGGAACAGUAUGAACUUCGUUUCAUUUGCACUGUAAAUAAGUGUGUGGGUAGAAAAAGUUUUAGAGACUCAAAGCAUCCGUAUUCGCAUGUCAACUUUUGGGCGAGUGCAAAACAUGGUGCAAAUCUUACCUUAUUUUUUGCCCAAGUCAGUAAUGAUGAUGAAGAUAAGCAAGAUGACUGGUCCUUUUGCCAGCCUGUGUUAAGUCUCUCAACAAACGCUCGUUGCUGCUAUUGCGAGUUUCAAGGGACGAGGAUUCUGCAUCCAAUUCAGAGUUACUGUGGAGGUGCCAUGGAUUUCGAGAAGAUGGCUCUGGGGACACAUACUAUGGACAAUGAGGGAAUCAUCAGUCAUGGGAAGCUAAUAGCUUGCGGAGUGGGCAUAUGUGGAGAGGACUACAUCUAUUUUGAUCCUGCUAGGGACGUCAAGUUUAUCCAAGCUUUUAACCGUUCUGCUUGGGCAGCGAAACUUAACUGGGGAGAUGAAAUUAGGAGAAUCAAAGAUUCAGAAAAGAAAAAGAAAUUAGGAGAGCCAGACGAGGUGAAGAAAGAUCAUACAGCAAAUGUUUCCAUACUGAUGUCUUGGUAGGACAAGGGUGAGCAUGUACUUAAGUGGUACCCCUAGCAAAUUUCCAAUCUCAUGUUACUUUCUAGCAUAUAUGUCCAUGUACUGGAUUUUAAGGUGUGAGCUAGCUCAAUUUAAAUAUUGGUGCAAAUCUGACGUUAGUUGAAAUAGAAAUUUCACACGAAUCGCAUAGAAAUUGCGUGCUACCAUGCUUACUUCCUAUAUGUGAUAUGUAGGGAAAAAAACUUGUAGUUCAUAGCUAGCAACAGAAUAAUAUUGCUUCUACUGUUUAGUCAUUAUACUUCUCUCGUGUUUUUGCAAGUUUGUAGUAACUCCCUCCAUUCUGGUUAGCACCAUCUUUGGCUCUCCCCUGCCUUUGGAGUGCAGAGGUGGCAUGGCUGAAGGGGAGUAUUUCUCAAAGGCCAGAAGGCAGCAUGUUCUGUUCUUGGCAUAAAUAGAGACAUCUGCAUUACAAUUUCCAAUCCCUUUUCAAUCUUUUACUUUCCAGGAUAUUAUAUUGAGUGUUUCUCUCCAAAGUGAUAGCAUUAGUGACUCAAAUGCAGGGGUUACCAAUAUUUCUGUUUCGUUUUGCCAUAUUUUGCUUUGCUAUUGAUGGUUAUAUUUGUACUUUGAGCCAUCUAGAGUAUGAAAAGAGUUGAUUGUUUGUAUCUUCAUACCUGCAACCAGCAGAUCAUGGAUCAAUCAUCUCUUGAAAGCACCAACAAAAGUUUAUGCAGUUUUCAUUUUAUAGCAGCUUUCUAUUGAAGAUAAUAAUUGAUUACCAUCGAGGGUGUGGUUCACUGCAUCAAAUUCCAAACUUAUCUCCUUAUGGAGAAUAUUGAUGAGUGGAAACUGGAAAGCCAAUGCCAUUCAGAAGAAUCGUCCUUCUGUUAUAAUUCUGAAAUGUUUAAGUUUAUGAAGUUCAGAAGAGGACUCAAUGCAUGCUGCUUUUUAUGAAUUGCUUAUGCAUGCUGCACUCACUAACU